GAUGCCUGAGUACAAUGUAUUAACAUCUAGUUGUUCGAAAGUGACCCCCUUUGAAAGCGACCGUCUUUUCGGCGCGGCAAGGUUCCUUUUCGGUUGCCCGAGGGAUCAUCUAGCGAGGUGCCAUACGGAUUGUGGCACCUGCGCAUCAGUAUUGUAAGGCAACUAGGAACGAGAGAGAGAAAUGGAAAUGGGUGCGGCGUUGUGUCGUCGCGCAAGGCCUGGCAUGAUACUCGUUGAUUAGAAGCAAACAGAGUGCACGUAGCGUGAUGGAGCCUCACGGCAACGCCAACGUGGGCGUUCUCGGCCCGCAACCAACCGGGUUGCUGGGACAGCCUGGGACCCGCCCCGGAUCCGGCCCCGACCGGCCCGGCCCACCGCUGCCGAUGGGCACACUCUCCAGCUCGAGCCAAGGGCCCGGGAGUAGCUCCCCCCGCGCGCUGGACGAUGACAGUGCUGCGGAGUGGGAAACGCCUGCUGGCCAGCCCUGGCGCUGCAGCGCUUCAGGGGCUCAGCCGCAGCCGGAGCAGCUGGAGGCAGCUAGCCCAGCCUCGCCGGCGGGGCAGCGUGGUUCUGCCUGCGAGAAAGUGGUCCGACAGCUGUUUAGUCCUGAUGUAUCGCAUGCUGAGCCGUCACCGUCGCAGACGCCGGCUGCGGCGCUGGAGUAUUCCUGGCCGCAGCCUGGCGCAGAUGCGGUGCAGCGCCGUGCCACCAGCACACCGCGCACCAGCCAGCACCACCAGCUGCACCAGCUGCCGCGGCGGCCACAGUCACAGCCGCGAUCCCUGCGGCAUUGCGCACAAGGCCCCAAGGCGGUGGCGCCGCUACGGGACGCUCAGGAGCUGCUUUGUAUGGCAGGGCAUGCAGACGACCCGUCCCGGAUCUGGACGACGGAUGUGGUCCAGCACAUGUCCCGCUUCCUACCCCACAACGACCUCCCCGCCACGCUACGCCUCGUCAACCGCACACUGGCACAGCAGCUGAAGCAGCCCCAGCACACCACCAUCCGCCUCUCCCACGCCUGCCCGACGCACGCUUUCGAGCGGCACUGGGCCGCGCCGGGCGCCACAGCCGGCCUCCGGCUGCAUGACCGCCGGCGGCUGCUGCGCCUGACAGCGCGCAGUGACGUGAUCGAGAACCUGGACAUCGCCAUUGCAGCUGCCGACUGCUGCCUGGCGGUUGAAGUGCUGGCGGCAGCGGCGGGCGCGAACCGCCUGGCGGUGGCGGAGCACCUGCGGGCGCGGCACGGUGUGCCGCUGGGCGGCGAGGUGCUGGUGGCGGCGGCGGGCGCGGGGCGGGCGGCCAUGGUCGACUGGAGCCUGGUGCAGGGCUGCACGUCGGACAAGGCCGCAGCAGCGGCCGCCAAGCAUGGGCAUCGGGCCGUCCUGGACCGGCUGCUGGGCCGUACAGCCGCCGAGGGUGGCGCGGUGCUGCCCGCGUCGCCGCCACCUGGUCGGGUGGACGUGGGCGCGCUGUUGGAGGGCGCCGCGCGGGGCAUGCCGCUUGCGGUGCUGCAACAGCUGCAUACGGAGCACAGCGUGCGCGCGGCGGAGCGAAGGGCGGCCGGCGGUGGCGCGGAGGGCAAUGGAGCCGCGGCAGGUGGCGAUGGCGCAGGUGCGGCGGCCGCAGCCAAUGCCGACGGUGGCGCAGGUGGCGGGGCCGUCGUCCGGAUGCCGCUCCUAAGCACGCGGGAGCAGGUGAAGAUUGUGGAGGCAGCGGCGGCGAGCCCGGCAGUACUUGCGGCGUCCAUUUCUGCGCCGUCAGCUGUGGCAGCAGCAUAUGUGGCGGCCUCUUCCGCAGCCGAUGAGGAGCCCGGAGACGCAGCGGGGUCUGCUGAACGCACGGGUGCGGCGGCUGAAGUGCCAUUGGUGGCCUGGGUGGCCAGCGCAAGUGCGGCGGUCAGUGCGCCGCAUGUGUCGGUGCCCCUCACGGACGAUGGGGAUGAGUAUGCAACUGCCGCGCAACAGCAGUCGGCAACUGCAGACAGACCUGCGGGCGGCAUCGCUGAUCCGCAUUCGGCCGCUGUCGAGGCAGCACGCGAGGAUGCAAUGGAGGCGGAGGCGGCAGCGGACGACGUCGCGGGCUCGGCCGCUGCAGAGCCAAGCCCAGCGGUUGCCCCUUCCCCAGUGCCAACCACCGAAGUUGCUUUGACUUUGCCGGCAGAAGCAGAGCCAGCCUGGCGCGCAAAGCUGAAGUGGCUGGAGUCGCAGCAGUACCCAAAGCCGGCUGAGGCGUGGUCAGCUGUCGCCGCCUUGUCUCCACCACCGUGUGGCAGUAGCAGCAACAGCAGCAAUAGCCAUGGCGGUGGCAGCUGUCGCCACUUUCUGCCUCGAAGCGCCGGCUGCUGCCUCGCUCGAGUCAGCUGCCAGGGCGCCUACGCGGUCGCCGCCAGCAGCAACUGCACCAGUGGCAGCACCAGUGGCAGUGGCAGUAGCAGCUUGGGGCAGGGCGGGGACUGGCGAGAGCGGUUCGAGUACCUGCGGUCUGCCGGCUACCCGUUGAAUGCGCCGGAAGCGGUGCGUCGCGCCGCGAGUGCGGGCCACGAGGCAGCGCUGCAGUACCUGCUAGCCACACAGGAGGGCAGGUGGCUGGUGCGGGGCAUGCGGGGUGCGCAGCCGCGCCGCAGCGACGGCGGGGCCGCUCGGCCGCCUAACGGCGGUGAGGAAGCAGGCUGGGAGGAUGAGGACGUGGGGUGGCUGGGGCUGGGGCCGGGAAAUGGAGAGGAGGACGAGGACGACAACGGGCCAGGCCACAGAGGCGCGGCGGCAAGCAGAGCGGGCGCGCUUCAUGCUGUGUCCCGGGCUGCGCGCGCGGCGGCUCGGGGCGGUCAUAUCGGCGUGCUUCGCGUUCUGGCAGCACAUGGUCUGGACCUGCAGCAGGUGCCGCUGCUGCUGCCGGCCGCGGUGCGCAAGCGGCAGCUCGAGUGCGCCGCGUGGCUGCUGGAGCACGUGUUUGGGCUGCCCUCUCCAAGCGCAAGCAGCAGCGGCAGCAGCCCUGGCGACACUAACACUGGCAAGUAUACGGGUCGCGGUGGCAUCAAUUGUGCUAUGGGCUCUGCUAGAGGCGCCGCUUCCGUGGGCGACAUUGAGGCGGGUAAACUGGUGAUGGACGCCAGCGCCGCGGUGGAGGCUUGCCUGGAGUCCACGUCGGCUAAGCCCAGAACAAGUCCGGUGCCACAGUCAGGCACGGCCUUGACUACCGCAGCAGUGGUGCCUUCUCGGAAUCAACCCCUUCCGCCAGGGCUGCUGACGCGCACGCUGCUGUUGUCGGCUGCGGGCUCCGGCUGUCCCAGGAUGGUGGCCUUCGUGCACGAGCGCCUGCGGGUUGGCGGCAUCAGCACCAGCACCAGCACCAGCACCAGCAUCAGCGCAAGUGAGCUCGCCAGCGGCAGUGCCGAUGUCGCCGAUGGACCGGGGUGUGGCGUCAGCCCUCCUGCGGCUUCAGGCGCUGCUAGCUCAGGCCCUGGCUCCGAGGCUGGCGGGUCUCAGUCUGGCGACGUCAGCGCGGGGCCUGCCGGUGCUGGCCACACGGAACCGCCGCCGCCGCAGUCCGAGCCAGCGCAGCCGCCAGUGUGGCCCCACGUGCAGUCACAUGGAGAGGGCAAUGGCGCUGCAGGGAGCGCCGAUGCCGCCGACAAGGCAGGCGCUGCCCCGGGCGGGCCCCUGGCAGCCCCUAACGUGCAGGCCCAGUCGGUAUCGGCACCAGGCGGCGCGGCUGGAGAGGGCGGGGUGCCGGCUGGCGUGCCGGAGGCCCUUGCUUCCGCAGCAGCAACUGGCCAUACGGCUGCUGUCGAAGCCGCGGAGGUCGUGGCGCCAUCACCGGAGGCGGACACGGAGGGGCACAAAGAGCCGCAGCCGACAUGGGACGAGGCGGCGUGGGCGGCCGCUGCCAAAGCGGGCUGUGUGCAGGUGCUGGAGCUGCUGGCAUCGUACGGCUGCCCCAUGGGGACCAAUGGCGACCCUUACGUGGCGGCGGCGCGCAACGGCGACCUAGCCACCCUGCGCUGCCUGCGCCGCCUGGGCUGCUCCUGGGGCCCGCCCGUUCCGCCCCAGCCGCAGCACGACUCUGAUGACUCCUUCACCUUCAGCAUCGGCUCCACGGUGUUUGCAAGGGCAGUGACGGCCACGGCUCGCCGCGAGUGGAGCAGCCUGCCUGUGCUGCAGCUGCUGCUGGACCUAGGGUGUCCGGUGGAUUGGGACGAGGCGGCGUCACGGGCUCGCGACUUCAGGGGGUCGAAGCCGGAGACCUUCCUGUGGGUGGUCGAGCAACAGGCCAAGGCAGAAGAGGAGGGCGGUGGAGACAGAGGGGGCCAGGGCGGGAGGAGGCAGGGCUGCGGACGCGCGCGGGGUAGCGGUGCUGGCACCGGCGCCGGCGCGCGGCGGCGGGAUGGGGCUGUGGGGGCGGCGGGCGGCGGUGCGGGAGGAGUAGCAGGGUCUGGAUGGAAGCGGUGUGUCGCGCUGGCGGUGCUGGGCUGCUGCGCCUUCGCUGCGCGCAGUUUGCUGCACAGGCGUGCCUCGGGGCGCGGUUGAGGGAGACAGGCCUGAAGGCACAACGUACGCGUUCGGCUUUCUGGUUUCAGGUGUACGCAUAGAGUCGGGUGUGUAGAGUACAGCGACUGAAAGCAAUGGGUGACGUAAAUCACCGUACGCCAUAUGUAUUUACGCAGUGACCGCGUACCAUUGCUACAUAUAUAUGUAGAGGACUGAUGGGGGGUGAUGAUGAUGAUGAUGUGUGUGUGUAUGUGUGUGUGUGUGUAAGAGCACAAGGAAAACAUUACGCGUAGGACAGUGUAUGCUAUGCAGAGUUACGGCCGCGGAUUGCCUUCAGAGUAUACUUUACCGCAGCCGACCGACCUGAUGAUGAUGAUGAUGUGUGUGUGUGUGUGUGUGUGUGUGUGUGUGUGUGUGUGUGUGUGUGUGUGUGUGUGUGUCCGCGCGCACGCGCGCUCUGCUGCAGCGUGUGUGUGCAGAGUCUGGAGGACAGGGCACUUGUCCUGUCUUCCCCAGCCGUCCGACCUAGGUCCGUGACUUGAAGGCAGAGUAUGGAUUGCCAGCAGGGGAGGCACGGACCUCCGUUGAGCGUUGGGGGGCGGGGUCGCAGGAUAGCAGACAGGUACAACUUGGGGUAGAACAGGAACGUUGACGGGGCGGUUGCGGCUUUUGCUCUUGUUGUGGCAUCGGUACCCAUGUUGUGCCGUGCGGCCUAGGUCCGUGCUAAGCGAGCGGAGUCGACGAGCACUAACUUGCCUGUAUUAAACACGUAUGCAGGACUGCAGGCUUAUGUAGUGGGCCUUGCGGGCGUGCGGCUGUGGUGGUGGGUUGUAGAGUUGUGGAACGCUUCUAUGCCUUAAUAGCCUGGGCGCUGUGCUUGCUCCGCUCGCAUUGGUGAACUCCGGUACAUGACAUGCCAAUGAACUUCGUUCAUUUGUGUGUGCCGCUCUUGGGUGGUGGAAGGGCAGUGGGAUGCACGAGGGG